GAGAAAGACGUUGCAGAAUUAUUCAUAAUACAAGAGUGUUUUUUGAUAACAUAAUGAUUUCGCAUCUAGUGCUUGUGUUUGGCUUGUUUGCUAUAGCGAGUGCUCAGCGAUGCCUUGACAAUCCGCCAUCUCUUCCACUUGACGUCGAGAAAUUUAGUGGAACGUGGUAUGCUCAACACCGUUUUGGACGCCCUUUUGUGACCCCAGGAUGCUUCAGGGCGAACUGCUCAGCAACUGCUGAUAAUGGCUAUACAGCUCUUUUCGAAUAUAACGACGGGCUACGCCAAAAUCAAACAAUAUACCUUGUGUUUGAACCAAAGGAACACAAUCGUUUUCUGUUAACAUUCAAUGGAACAAGGAUUCUAGUUUCAUACCUGGCGGUGGAUUAUGAUUCGUACGCAGUAUUCUAUGACUGCGUAUCCGAUGUGUAUUUCUCGUAUGUACUGACCAGAAGUAAGACUAGAGAUGAUGCUGUGAUUGAACGUGCGAUUACAGAGGCAAGGAAAGUGCAACCAAAGCUUCCAUCGCCAUCUAAGGAGUUGAACUGCGACAUAUUUUAAACGCAAUGAUUCGGUGAUAUGUGAUUUGUUAGGAUGAAUAAAAUGUUGAGCUCACCAG